AUGUCUUCCACAGAGGCUCUACAAGGCCGUGUCAUGUGGACACCGCCGGAGGGCGAGAAGCGUAUUGAUGCUUUCCGUGAGCGUAUGAACAAAGAACACAACCUGGAGAUGAAGACCUAUGCAGACUUGCACAAGUGGAGCUGCACCGACUUGUCAGCGUUCUGGCAGGGUGUAUGGGAUGAAAUGAAGGUCAAGGCGAGCAAGCCUGCCGUGGAAGUACUUCCCGAGGAAGCCCCGAUGUUCCCUCCAGCUGAAUGGUUUACUGGCGCGCGUCUGAAUUUCGCGGAGAACCUGCUGCUGCAUGGUCGUGACGAAGACGUAGCGUUCAUCGCGUGCACGGAGCGCGAGGAAGACACGCGUCGUAUGACCUAUGCGGAGCUGCGUCACAAUGUAGCCCGUGCGUCGCGUGCGCUUCGGAAGCUUGGCGUCAAGGUCGGCGACACAGUGGCGAGCUACUCGAGCAACACGCCUGAGAAUAUUAUUGCAUUCCUCGCCGCGAGUUCGUUGGGGGCUGUGUGGACCAGUGUGGCGCCGGAUUUCGGUACGGCUGGUGUGCUGGAGCGCCUGAAGACGGUGCGUCCACGUGUACUAUUCAGUGUGAAUGCCGUGCUGUACAACGGCAAGCUGCAUGACCACAUUGCCAAGCUGAACACCACAAUCGAAGGCCUCACGACGGUGGAAGCGAGCAGCGACGAGCGUGACGAGUCGGAGCCGAAAGCCAAGCGUGCACGUCUACAUGGCAAUGAGACACUUCUGCAGCAUGUGAUUGUGGUGCCGUACAGCGGCUCGCAUCCCGAAACCAAGGAGCGCGGCAACGGCGUCGAUGGCGCAGACGACGUGCCUGGUCUGCACCGCCAGUUGUGGGACGACUUUUUGGCAAGUGGAGAUGAUGAGAGUGAUGAGAUGGAGUACGAGCAGCUCGACUUUAACCACCCGCUGUGGAUCCUGUUCUCCUCAGGCACAACAGGACAGCCGAAAGCAAUUACGCACCGUGCCGGUGGUAUGCUCUUGCAGUUCGGUAAGGAGCACCUGCUGCAUGGUGGCAUGAAGUCAGACGAUGUCUUUUUCCAGCACACGAGCACGGGUUGGAUGAUGUGGAACUGGCUCGUGGGUGGUCUGUUAAGUGGCUGCACAUUGGUCCUCUACGAUGGCUCGCCUGUCCUUCCGGUCGGUGUGCUUUGGGAGCGUGCUGCACAGCUGGGCAUUACUGUGUUUGGCACGUCGGCUGCCUACCUAUCGGUGAUUGAACGCCGCAACUAUAUCCCCACCGAGCUCCAGGAGAAGCUCAAGGUACGCAUGAUUCUUUCCACUGGCUCGCCUCUUCGUUCGGAGCUGUAUGUGUACGCAGAAAAGCUUAUGGGCCGACCUGUGCUGGUAGGCAGUAUUACCGGUGGCACGGAUCUCUGCUCCCUGUUUGCAACGCACAAUGUCGCAUUGCCUGUGCGGGCGGGCGAGCUGCAGUGCUUCGGUCUGGGUAUGGAUAUGGACGUGUAUGACGACCAAGGCGCCUCCGUCCCUGACAUGGUCGAGGGUGACCUGGUGUGCAAGAAACCCUUCCCAGCGCAGCCUAUUGGCUUCUGGCACCAGCCGAACGAACGUUACCGUGACAGCUACUAUGUCCAGUACCCUGGCGUGUGGUACCAUGGCGACUUGGUUAUGCGCUCGCCACACCAGGGCUUGAUUAUGCUAGGCCGUUCUGACGGUAUUCUGAACCCAAGUGGUAUCCGCUUCGGCAGCGCUGACAUUUAUGAGGUGCUGGAGUCGUCGGAGGCGACAGCGGAAGGCAACCCAUGCAGCAAAAUCUCAGACUCGCUGGUCGUCGCGCUAAAGACGCCGGCCAAAGACGACGAGGUGGUAGUCCUCUUCCUUGUCGUGGGUGAGGAUGGCCACUGGGAGUGGAUCGUGAACGAGGUCAAGCGCUUGAUCCGCAAGCAGCGCAGCGCUCGUCACGUUCCUGCGUUUGUGCGGCGCGUGCAUGGCUGCCCGAAGACGCUGAACGGGAAGCGUGUCGAGGUGCCUGUAAAGAAAUUAAUCAAUGGCGCACCGAUCAGCACCAUCAACCAGUCGACACUUCUCAACCCGGAAGUGCUUCCAGAACGGCGUCGGAACUCGUCACCAAGCAACUACUACAUCGGCAUGUUUCGUGGUGGUCGUGGCGGCGGUCGCGGCGGCGGUUUUAGUGGCCGCGGCGGUCGUGGUGGUAUGGCCAAUGUAGGUCCGCCUGCGAGCGUUGUCCCCUUCGGCAAGUUUGUGCAUGCUGUGGAAGGUGAAAUGUUCUGUGCUAGCACGGAUCCCAAGCAUGUGCCCUACUUUAACGCACCGAUUUUCCUGGAAAACAAGUCACAAAUCGGAAAGGUCGACGAAAUUCUUGGCCCAAUAAACGAAGUGUACUUCACGGUGAAGACGGAGCCUGGUGUCGUUGCGUCGUCGUUCAAGGUAGAAGACACAGUGUACAUUGCGGAAGACCGUGUGCUUCCGAUUGAGCGCUUCCUUCCUAAGCCCAAGACGGUCGUAAAGGGUGGGAAAAAGCGAGGUGCGGCACGAGGUGGUGCUGGCGGUGCACGUGGUGGCCGUGGCGGCGGUCGUGGCGGUGGUCGUGGCGGCUUUGGUGCGGGCCGUGGUGGUGGUCGCGGUGGCUUCGGCGGCGGCCGUGGUGGUGGCUUUGGCGGCGGCGGUCGCGGUGGUUUUGGCGGCAGCCGUGGCGCGCCGCGGGGUGGCCGUGGUGGCUUCCGUGGUGGCCGCUAA